AUGAGGAACAUCUGUCUCUUCCUGCUGGUGGCCUUGCUAGGCUCUGAGCAUGCCCUGGGCCUGACUUGCUACAUCUGCAGUGACGUAGAGAACCACGACCAAUGCAUGCCUAGUCCAUCGCACCACAGCAUCUGCUUUAGUGCCAAGAUGACCACAAACUUGCCCCAAGGGAACAAGAUCACAGUACCCUCCAAGGGCUGUGCUCCUUCCUGUGAGGCCGUCCAGAAGCUUCCAGGGACAGCUGGCUCUGGAACCAUUAUGGAGGGUUUGGACUACCUGAACCCCCAAAUGGUGGAGAUGGAGGAUGUGAGCUGCUGUGACAAAGACUUUUGCAAUGGGGCUGCAGUGGAGGAGGGGGGCCUGGGAGUCCUAGCAGCAGGGCUGAUGCUCAGCCUCCUGUGGGCCCUGCUGUGA